AUGUUUUGGUCAGCUGCAUUGGAUCUCAAAACACAACGUCCACCCCCUCGACCUUCUUAUGGUUCAUUUAAUCGUCUGGCCAAUACAAGCAGUUUUCGUAUACCUCAGAGUAUUCCUGAGCAUCAACCAGUUUCCCAAUUUACAUCUCCAAUACCAGCUCGUAUCGAAGAAUAUUAUGAACGACCGGAUACGGCUGUUGCACGUACACGGGCAUCGCUACAGCUCUCGGAACAUACACAAUUAGCACUUAAGUUGUUGCUACAAGGCGAACGUGACUCGAAAUCCAAGUCGAGUACUACUACAUUAUCGAAAAGUAAAGUGAAACGUGCUCCAGAGAUGAACAAGAUCAGUCAUUACAGUGCACGACGGACGCCAAGGAAGGAAUUACCAGAGCGAACGCCAUUGUUGAAACCUCUUGCACGUGUUUAUGACGAGGAAGAGUUUACUCCUCAGGAGAAUAGCAAUGAACAUAACUAUUGGAUGCAAGAACUAGAGAAACGACGUGCUGGAACGAAAACAAGUAGACAAAGGAUGUGUACUACCAUGUCGGAAAGAGCCACGACGUCACCUCUCAAGGUAGGCGUGGUCAUGUGCUCUGUGCCACUAGUGUUAGUACUGGGCUUCGUUCUCUUUGUGAUGCUAUUUGGAGAUGGAUCAGACGUGUCUACCAACGUGACAAGUGCUAUGAGCAAUUUACUGGGCUUUGGUGGAGAUGCAGAUACCAUGAGAGCGAGAUAUGACACCGAUAGGAUUGCUAGAGCUUUUGCUUUUUCGCCCGAGACAAAUCAACUGGAAAAAGAGAAUCUCGUGCUGACGCUGGCCUUGCCGGCGGAACAGACGAAGUUACGCGGCUCACUGAAAGAGAUCGCGGGACGGUAA